UUGCUGUGUUGAGUCACCCCUGACUGGUAAUAGCCAGAUAGCGGAAAACAACUAGAGAUGAUGCUGGAGAGCUCGGCAUCUUUGAACCGUCCCAGAGAGUGAAUAGAUGCGUUUUUCAAUUAAGAUAUCACCUUGAGCAUUUGUGCUUUACUUUACAAGACUGACGUUUUAUCAAAAUGAUGGAAGAAAUUGACAGAUUUCAAGUGCCACCAGUAAAUCCAGAGAUGAAGCUGCUGGAUCCUGCAGCAACGUCCACUUUGGAGGCUGAAACAGGAACGAGAGAAUCAGAGUCAGUCGCCAUCAACUACAAGCCCUCUCCGCUACAAGUAAAGAUAGAGAAACAGCGAGAGCUUGCGAGGAAGGGCUCGGUGAAGAAUGGAACUGUGGGUAGUCCAGUCAAUCAGCAGCCCAAGAAAAAUAACGUUAUGGCCAGAACAAGGUUGGUUGUCCCUAAUAAAGGCUAUUCAUCCUUAGACCAGAGUCCAGAUGAGAAGCCGCUUGUAGCACUGGACACUGACAGUGAUGAUGACUUCGAUAUGUCCAGAUAUUCAUCAUCUGGAUAUUCCUCAGCUGAGGUAAGAUGUCUAAAGGGCCAGGAGUUGCUGCACACAAACCCAACAGACUAA